AUGGAGAUUGACAAGGCCAUUUCUUACAAGGGCGGUUUUAGUUUUGAGGACAGUGAGAGUGAAGCUCACAUUUAUGAUAGCAGCAUAAUUGGUAGCAAUACCUUUACAAAGGCUGAACCUGGGGCUAAGAUCAGUCACAGCAAAAUUGUUGAUGCUUUGCUCAAGUCCAAGUCAAGUGUCAAGGGCCAUGAGUAUAAUGUCUGUCCUAGUGGUUGUCAAUUGUAUGAAAUUAAUGACAAUCAAGAAUCUUGUGUUGACUAUGGCAAACUGCAAUACAAGACUGAUACUGAGCAAAGUCAAACACCAGCUGCCAGUAUGAAGCUCAUGUCAGUCGGUGAUAUGUUUUCUCAAAUGCAGGCUGAUCCAUCCACAAGAGAACUCCUUCAUUACAGGGCUAACUGGGAAUUUGUAGCUGGUCAGCUCACCAAUAUUUUCGAUGGUGACAGUUACAAGCAGUUGGCACAGCAAGGCUUGUUCUCAAAUCCCAACGAUAUUGCCAUUGGGCUAUAUACCAAUGGUUUUGUUAACCAAAAAAAGGGCAAGAGUUCAAAGAAAUAUGCCCCAGGAAGAGUAUUAGUACCUACUCCUAGACAACCUGGGCAAUACAACUUCAGUCUUGCUGAAGCUGAAAAAAUCUGUAUGCAUUGUGAGAAAGAUUUUAAAUCUCCCUGGAAUCUAAAACAGCAUUUGGAAGAGUACCAUCAUAUACAUGAGACUCUUCCAAAUGUUGAGGCCUAUGAUAUAACUGAAUUCAAUGUCAUUGACAGUGAUGUUAGCAACACUGAGAUAAGUGAUGAAAGUACUGGCAAUUAUCCUUAUGAAGCUAUACUGAGCAGCUUGACCACGUCUGCAGAAAGUAUUAUCUCGUCGGUGGAGGAAGACGUUGAUGUAUUUGCAAAUGGAGUUUUGUCUUUCGAGAAUUUGGAAAGCUUUGUACCUAAAAAUUAUUCAUUUAAGAACCUUCAAACCAUGAUUAUGCUUGCUCUAAUCGAUGGUGAUAAUAAUAUGCUUUCUUGUAGAAUUAUUAAAAAGAUUCUGCUCGCUAUGAAUCUUGUGCUUAAACUGCAAGAGGAAGCUAUCAAUACUAAGAUACCCUUUAUAUUACCAUGUCUUGAUGCAUUGUUUAACUUUCAAAAGACAAAAAAGUCUACAAUUUCUGUUUUUAAGUCAAAGAUUGUAAAAUUCGAUUUAUCUGAUAGCACACAAAUGGAAGUCUGUUUUAAUUUACCUUCAGAACAUCUGAAACUUCUUGCGACCAACCCCAAGACCUCAAAGAAGAUUUUCUCACUACCUGAUCAAACACCAUAUCAAGCAGUAUGCUUGCAACAAGGUGAAAAGUGGAGAACCCAUCCAUUAUUCCAGCAGCCUAUGUGGACUAUCAAUAACAUUGAUUUCUGGCAUAGUGAUGUUGUUAAGCUGAAAGCUGAUCAAAAUAAUUCCAGCCACAGAUUAUUCUAUAGAGUGGCAAUUUCACCUAUUUCACUUUUUACAGAUGACACAUCUGGAAAUACAACUGUACAAUCAAACCCGUCUGAAUGUGGGAUUCGAAAGAAGAAGGAUGUGACCGGAGCUUCUAUGCUACCAACAAUCGUCAAAGACGUACAACUAAUGGAAGGUAGCAUUUUAAUGUACUCUCACAAGUACAAAGAAUUUAUUUUCGUCUAUACUCCUCUUAUUUGGAUUGAAGCCAACACGCCAUGUCAUUCUAUGUUGUGUGAUAUACUUGGUGCCACAGUGCUAUACCCAUGCAGAAUAUGUUAUGUCAAGCUACAAAGAAAGGUAGAGAAUUUAAAGGAUGAAGAUUACUACACCAAACGGCACAAGAACAGAACAAAGCAACAUUAUAUUGCUGCUGCAUCCUCUUUGGAUAAGCUCAUCAUAAUCCUAGACAUUUCUUUGAUUGAUAACAAGCACACGGCUGAAUUUCUCAGGUUUAAGAAUACCAGUACACAGAUCCUACUGGAUUUACAAUCAUUUGAUCCAUCGCAAGACACGCCCGUAGAGAUCUUGCAUGUUAUUCUCCUUAGUAUUACAGAAUACCUGGUAAAUGAUUUGGUAAAUUCAGUGCUGGUAAAGAAAGAUGAAUUAAGACAACUUACGGGAUAUUUGAAGGAUUAUGAGCAAUCCAAAGGCAUGUCUCGAAAGUGCACAAGAUUGCUUAGUGGAUGCAGUUCCUAUCUUGGCAGAGACUACAAAUGUCUUAUACAGAUUCUUCCAGUCAUUUUAGUGAUAAAAUUUACUGGUAAUCCUGUAUUAAAAAACAUUACUCCAUGUUUUGUCCAACUUGGUUGGCUUUGCUCACUUGUAUUUAUUAGAGCCAUAGAGUCUGGUCUAGAAACAUAUAUUCAUGAAGUUGAUACCGCUGUUAAAGGUCUUAUCAAACAGCUUCUGAUUUAUAAUAAAAACGGCAAGCUCAAUAGACAUAACCUAUACACAUCGAAACUUAAGGCACAUUUAUUGACACACUUUCCGGACAACAUCAGGAGAUUUGGCACCCCCUUGCAUUUUGAAACAGAAAAAGAUGAGCAGUUUAAUAAGCAUAUACGUGAACACCUAUUCCACACCAACAAGCUUAAUACGUCUAAGGAUAUUGGUCUAAAGUUUGCAAAGCAAACUAUGAUGAGACAUAUCCUUGAUGGUGGUUCAUGGCCCAUUGAAAAUGGACUAAGAUUGUCUUGUGGAAAAGGUGUUAAGACAUAUAUUGAUAAUACUGCUAGUGUUCACAAGUUUUGGAAUGUUUUGUUUGGCAGUUCCAGAGAGUUUGCAGAUAACAAUGAUGACGGUAGCAUUGUAAACAGUGAACUUUGUGACAAUACCUUUGCCUUGUUCAUGCCCAUGCAUGAUCUUCCUACUGACAUUGCUCGAAAAAAUAACUAUUUACUUGCGCAAGAAUAUUCUGGUAUGUCUACACCAUUGGAAGAACUAAAGAUGAUUUGCAUUCUUGACAUGUACACAAAGGUUGGUGAUGCAUAUGUGAUCAAUUUGAGCAAGUUCAGCUCUUAUUGGCAUUUCUACUCUUACUUCUCAACAAUUAAGAUAUGCGAGUGGAGAGUUUUAGACGAUGUACGGCACUACCAGAGUCUUUCUGGUGUCUUGUUCUCUGUCUUGAAGGAGGGAGAAAUCUUGCCUGGUCCCAAGAAGCCUACCCACUUGAACUCUUUUCUGAUGCCAAUCAUCAGUGAAAUAAAAGAUCUUGAGGUACAUGGCUUGGUAAUCAAGAGCAAUGGUGUUAUGUAUGAGAAGAAGUGA